AUGGGAGCUCUCCCGGCGCAGGGGCUGGUCUGGAUGGCUCUUUUGAUUUUUACUGGGAUAUCAGACGUUUGCGCCUCCAACGUCUGCACCUCCCGAGGAGCGAGCACAUGCAAACAAUGUCUGGCUGUGCACCCCAGCUGUGCAUGGUGCGUCCAGGAGGACUUCGGUCAGGGAAUUGCCAGUUCUUCCCGCUGUGACCUGAAGAGUCAUCUGGUGGCAGCGGGCUGCGCUGCCCCAUCUGUGGAGUCUCCAAUCAGCAAAAUGCAAGUGAUCGAGGACCGGCCCCUCAGCAACAAGGCAGCAGGGGCCACACAAGAUGUCACUCAGAUCAAGCCCCAGAAACUCCACAUCACGCUCAGGCCAGAUGAUGCAAAGCGCUUCACUGUGAAGGUGCGUCAGGUGGAGGAUUACCCCGUUGAUCUUUACUACCUCAUGGACCUCUCCUACUCCAUGAAUGAUGACCUCUUCCGCCUGAGGACGCUGGGCAAAGGCCUGGCCGAGGCCAUGAACCGCACGACCAGCAACCUCCGCAUGGGCUUUGGGGCUUUUGUGGACAAGCCGCUCUCGCCGUACAUGUACAUCUCCCCCAAAGAGGCCGUGAACAACCCCUGCUACAGCAUCAACACCACCUGUCUGCCCCAGUUCGGCUACAAACACGUUCUGUCCCUGACGGAAGAAGUGGGACGCUUCACAGAGGAAGUGAAGAAGCAGAUGGUGUCCAGGAACCGAGAUGCCCCGGAGGGAGGCUUUGAUGCCAUCAUCCAGGCUGCGGUGUGCGAGGAGCAGAUCGGCUGGCGUCCCGACGCUUCCCACCUCCUGAUCUUCACCUCGGAUGCGAAGACUCACGUGGCGCUGGACGGUCGAAUGGCAGGAAUCGUGCGGCCCAACGACGGGCAGUGCCACCUCAACUCUGACAAUAUUUACAGCAUGUCAACCACCAUGGAUUAUCCAUCUCUUGCUCUGAUCACAGAGAAGAUGUCGGAGAACAACAUCAACCUCAUCUUCGCUGUCACCAACCCGGUGGUUCCUCUGUACCAGAACUACAGCGAGCUGAUUCCGGGCACCACAGUAGGAACACUGUCCAACGACUCAGGCAACGUGAUUCAGCUCAUACUGAAGGCCUACGCUAAAAUCCGUUCCAGGGUGGAGCUGGAGCUCCAAGACGUCCCGGAGGAACUGUCUCUGUCCUUCAACGCCACCUGUCUGAACGGGGAGGUCAUCCCAGGUCUCAAGUCCUGCUCUGGGCUCAAGAUAGGAGACACGGUCUCUUUCAGUGUGGAGGCCAGAGCUCGUGGUUGCCCCAAACAGAAGAAGAAAACCUUCAUCAUCAAACCCGUGGGCUUCAAGGACUCCCUGUCCAUCACCGUGUCCUUCGAGUGCGACUGCAAGUGCCAGGCCAAGGCCCAGCUCGACAGCCCCAAAUGCAACCAAGGCAACGGCACCUACGAGUGCGGCAUCUGUCUGUGCCACCCGGGUCGCCUGGGGCCGCACUGCGAGUGUGCGGAGGGCGACUACAGUCCCACGGAGCAGGACGGCUGCAGUGGCCCCGCGGGCGCUGGAGGGCCCCACUCUGCCAUUUGCAGCGGCCGUGGAGACUGCGUGUGCGGCCAGUGCGUGUGCCACAGCAGUGACUUUGGGAAAGUGUGGGGCAAGUUGUGCGAGUGUGACGACUUCAACUGCCUGCGCUACAAGGGGGAACUGUGCUCAGGCCAUGGGGUCUGUAACUGUGGCUUCUGUCAGUGUGCCCCGGACUGGCAGGGUGAAAACUGUAACUGCUCCAGACGCACCGACACCUGCAUGUCCAGCGUGGGUCUGCUGUGCAGCGGCAGGGGCCAGUGUGUGUGUGGGGCCUGCGAGUGCACUCAGCCCGGUGCGUACGGGGCCACGUGUGACAAGUGCCCCACCUGCCCUGACGCCUGUACCAUGAAGAAGGAGUGCGUGGAGUGUAAGCACUUCAAGAGGGGCCGCCUGUUUGAGGACAACACCUGUUCUCGAAUCUGCAAGGAUGAGAUUGUGCUUGUGGAUGAACUAGUGCUCCAUGAUACGAACGCCGUGAACUGCACGUACAAAGACGAGGACGACUGCGUGGAGCGUUUCCAGUACUACGAAGACUCCAGUGGCAAGUCCAUCUUGUUCGUCGUCAAAGAGCCAGACUGCCCCAAGGGUCCAGACAUUCUGGUGUUGCUCCUGUCGGUGGCGGGGGCCAUCUUGUUCCUCGGCCUGGCGGCUCUGCUCAUCUGGAAGCUGCUGGUCACCAUCCAUGACAGACGGGAGUUCGCCAAAUUUGAGGAAGAGCGUGCUCGUGCCAAGUGGGACACGGGACACAACCCUCUCUACAAAGGAGCCACCUCCACGUUCACAAACAUCACAUACAGAGGAAAAGACUGA